AUGGGCCAGGUGACAGGAGGCCUUGGCUGGCGGCUCAGCCUGCUGCUGUUACCCUUGCUUCUGGUACAAGCUGGUGCCUGGGGGUUCCCAACAGGUCCCCUGAGCUUGCAGGAGCUGCGCAGGGAAUUCACAGUCAGCCUGUACCUUGCCAGGAAGCUGCUCUCUGAGGCUCAGGGCUAUGUCCACAGCUUUGCUGAAUCGAGACUGCCAGGAGUGAACCUGGACCUCCUGCCCCUGGGGCACCAUCUCCCCAAUGUUUCUCUGACCUUCCAAGCAUGGCGUCACCUCUCUGACCCGGAGAGGCUCUGCUUCCUUUCCACCACACUUCGGCCCUUCCCUGCCCUGCUGGAAGGGCUGGGAAACCAGGGGACCUGGACCAGCUCAGAAAGGGGUCAGCUAUGGGCCAUGAGGCUGGAUCUCCGGGACCUGCACAGACACUUCCGCUUCCAGGUGCUGGCUGCAGGAUUUAACUGCUCUGCGGAGGAGGAGGAAGAAGAAGAAGAGGAAGAGGAAGAGGAAGAAGGGAAGGAACUGCUCCUAGGGGCUCUGGAUGGCCCCAAGCAGGUGUCAUCCCAGGUGUCCUGGCCCCAGCUGCUCUAUACCUACCAGCUCCUACACUCCUUGGAGCUUGUCCUAUCUCGGGCUGUUCGGGACCUGCUGCUGCUGACCAUGUCCCCACACCCAGACCCGGCUUUGGGUUCCUAACACCUAGCUUCCAGCCCUAUGGAGUGACCUUUAAGCUCCCU